AUGGCUCUUUUUUUUAGAGAUCAUAGUUGCUCCGUGGCUGUUAUCCUUAUCACACUAGUUCAAAUAUUUUAUAUAAUAUAUACUUAUACAUUUGUAGACCUUAUACCUACUACUGACGAGUCGGUUGUUUUAAAAGAGUUAAGACCUUUACGUCCCACUGUUUUAAAGCAUCGUCCUCAUGAUGGUUACGUUGUUAACCUGACCCUCAUUAACAAAUAUUGUGAACCUGAAUUAUAUGAUGCUGAUUAUUUUGACACUUUUAAUAUUCAAGAUUGUUUAGAUUAUCUAGACGAGCAAGAAGAUGAUUAUUUGGUAGAGAAUCCAAACUCAAAAAUUACUUGCUCUCCAGACAGCGUGCCAAUGUUAUUUCAUGUUUAUUGGCGAGGAAGAAUAAAUGAUAAGAUUGCGUUGAUGAUAAAAUCUUUUUUAUACACUCAACCCCUAGAUUGUUCUCUGUUAAACGUUUGGUUAGACCAAAACCAGGAAACUGACUUUAGUCAAAAUCCUCAUAUACAACCUUUACUCAAAUUCUCUCCAAAUAAUUUCCGUUUGAGAAGGUGGAAUCUUACUGAACAGCUUAGCUACGAUCCAAUAUACGACGGAUGGGAGGAAAAGAUUAACAGAAAAAUUCCGACCGUUGGAUACAGCGACCUUGUCCGGUUUGUAUUAUUGUAUAGAUAUGGUGGAAUGUAUGUUGAUGCUGAUGUUCUCUUCCUACGUGAUAUGAGACCUGUUUAUCACCUUGAUCAAGAAUUUGCUUAUCGUUGGAGUUUCUGGCUUAAUUACAAUACUGCCAUUCUACGUCUAAAUGCAAAAACACAAGAUGAAUUUCCACCCGUUCCAAAUAAAGUAUUAUCUUAUCAAAAAGCAAUUGAUUUGCAAUUAUCCAACCAAGUCACAAAACCUAAUAUAAAUUAUUUCUAUGAUACUUAUAAAUCAAAUGUGGCUGAUGACGAAUUCCCUUCUGGCCAUCAGGCUUCCACUUCUAUGAGGAAUAAGAAAGAAUUUUUCAGAGGUGCUUUUACUUAUCAUUGGCAUAACCAAUGGGAAAGUGCGAUUCCUUAUCAGUCUUGGUUCGGAAUAUUACAAAAAGGAUACGAUGAAUUUAUAAAUG